AUGGAGAACCAUCUGACCGUCCUGGAGAGAGGCUUUCUGGGCAACCCGGAGGACCCGUUCGCCCAGGUGCUCAUAACCCCGAGCUGGAGAACCUCUCGCACCGAUCGCAAGAAGAGCCCGCAGUGGAACGAGCUCAAAGACAACGAGCUGCACGGGUACCUCAACUACUGGGCUCACGCGGUGCUGGAGUACAAGCGCGCGAUCAAGAAGGAAGGGGCAUACGCGCGGACCACGGUCUGGUAUGAUUUUGUCUACCAGGCGCUGGCGCGAGUGGGGACAGACCUGCUAGAGCUCUUCCGCCAGCGACGGGAGCAGCGGGAACCCCAGCGACCAGACUUCGCCGAGAUGGUCCGGUUGCCAGGCCGGAUGUCCAAGAAACCCAUGGACAGCGAAGAGCUGGUCACGGUCGGCCCCAACCCUGACCAAGAACAGAACCGGGGACGCAGCGAGAAGUGCGGGGAGGCGGUCGAAGUGCCAAUUGACCAGUGGCGGGCGCAAGCGGCGGAGACGUACGGCACGGCGCUUAUCAGGGGGUUCCUCAAGAAGAAGAAGAGGAAGCUGCCAGAACCGCCGGCGUUCGCGACGCGGUACAAGCUGGUCGACCAGUGGCGGGCGCAAGCGGCGGAGACGUACGGCACGGCGCUUAUCAGGGGGUUCCUCAAGAAGAAGAAGAGGAAGCUGCCAGAACCGCCGGCGUUCGCGACGCGGUACAAGCUGGUCGGCCCCAAGCCCACGCCCUCAGAAGGAAUGGGGGAACUCGCACCCCCGCGGUCCAAACCCCUUGGGUCGAUGCUGCAGCCGGCGCCGACUGCAGCAGCGGCAGAACUAGCCGCCGGCGAGGAGAAGCCGUCACCCAAGUCCAGGAGGAAGCCCGCGGCGAAACCCAAAGUGCCGCCGGCGCCCAAACCUGAGGCGUCACGGGAGGCGGAGGGGCCGCCGGCAGAGGUUGCGGCCGCGCAAGAGGAUGAAGAGGAGCGGAAGCGCCGGCGGAAGGGGAAACAGAAGGUGGAAGAGGCUGUGCCGGAGCCUGAACCGGAGCGGGAACCUGAGCCGGAAGCCAGGGGGGCAGAGCAAACCGAGGAGGAGAUCUCGGCAGGCGCCCUGCUCCAACUUUGGCAAGAACAGGCCGCAAACGACCCGUGGGCCGAAGUCCCGGAUGAGGAUGAGCGCGGGGACGACAGCUGGAUGAAAGAGGCGCUGGGGUUGGCGCGCUACCCCCUGAGAAACCGGCGAGGGAGGGCAGCAACCCAGAAGCCGGCGCAACAAGCGGAACCAGAGGACGAAAACCCAGGUGGAGACGAGGCCGGCGAGGACAAGGGCUCCUUCCGAUACCCACCCCAGGGGUAUGAACCGCCGGCAGAGUGGGUGGAGUACUUCCCGCCCCGCCGCAGACCCAGGGUGGAACCGCCGCCACCUUCUCCACCGGCGCAAAUGGCAACAGCGCUCGAGGGGGCCGCGUCCUACCUCGAAAUGGUAGAGCCAUCGGCGCGCGCCCUGUUGGCGCAAAGAAUGAGAGACUUACCGGCGUUCCGUGGGGACCGGCGGCUGGAGAGAGUAAAGGCGCCGGUGAUCCGGACAGAGGAGCGCAGGGUGUGGGUGAACGGCAAGCCGCUGACGGGAACAGCCAUCCUCGACACCGGUGCGAUGCCGUUGUUGAUCGGGAAGAAGGGGAUGAAGCAGCUCGGCUGGGGCAAAGACAACAUCAUCCCUGACGCCGUGACGCUAGGGCUGGCGGACGGGAAGUCCUCCAAGCCCUUACCCCUCACCCAAGAGCCGGUAGAGUUUGUUUUCAACAAGGGGACGGCAGCGGAGACCUCAAUUCGGGCGCGCACAGUCGUGACGCAGGCGCCGUACGACUUCCUUGUGGGCAACGUGGUGCUCUGGUCGAUGGGGAUGGUGAUCGACGCGUGGCGGGAGCAGGUGCGGUACCGAGUGGGGUGGCGCCAGGGCAGAGAGCACGCGGGCGAGGCAGAGGGCUAUUUCCCGGUGGACUACGAGCGCGACGUGGGCCUGGGCACGCUCCCACGGGCUUUCCUGGCUGACGGCAGUUGGAACCUCCCGCCCGGGGGGGGAGACGCGGACAGUUGGGAGCUAGGGACGGGGCUGUGGCCGGUCAUGGACGAGGAGGGGCCGCCGAGCAGACGCAAGCGACAGCGAGAGCGAGGGCGAUGA